CGGCGAGGGGCGGCGGGCGGGAUGGCGUCCGCCGGCAUGCAGGUCCUCGCCUUCGUCCUGGCCCUGCUGGGCGUCUUCGGGGCGACGGUGGCCACCCUGCUGCCCAACUGGAAGGUGAGCGCCGACGUGGGCUCCAACAUCAUCACCGCCAUCUCGCAGAUGCAGGGCCUGUGGAUGGACUGCACCUGGUACAGCACCGGCAUGUUCAGCUGCACCCUCAAGUACUCCGUCCUCUCCCUGCCGGCCUACCUGCAGACGGCCCGCACCACCAUGGUCCUGUCCUGCGUGCUGGCCGCCCUGGGGCUCUGCCUGGCCUCCCUGGGCCUCAAGUGCACCCGCUGGGGGGGCGGGCGGCAGGCCAAGGGGCGCACGGCGGUGGCCAGCGGGGCCUGCUUCCUCCUCUCCGGGCUCCUCUGCCUGGUGCCCGCGUCCUGGUUCACCAACGAGGUCAUCGCCAGCUUCCUGGACUCCAGCGUGCCCGAGAGCAGCAAGUUCGAGCCGGGCGGCGCCGUCUACGUGGCCUUCGUGUCCGCCGGGUUCCUGUUCGCGGGCGGGUCCAUCUUCUGCACGUCCUGCCCGGGGAAGAGGGAGGGGCCCCAGGAACUGCUCCUGUCCUCCCCCGACAAACUCCUCCAGCAGCAGCAGCAGCUGCAGCAGCAGCUGCGUCAGGCGCACCGCCCGCCCCUCCGCCAGGAACAGCCGCGCCCGGACCAGCCCGCCCAGGAUCAGCCGCGCCAGGACCAGCUGCAGCCGGAUCAGCGGCAGCAGGAUCAGCUGCUCCAGGACCAGCAGUGCUGCGGCACGCUGCAGCCCCCUCCCCAGGAGAGCAAGGCCGGCUACAGCCUGCAGGACUACGUCUAGCCCUCUUCGUCUCUGUGGAAACGGCGCAGGGCGACCUGGCGAACUUCGCACCCAUGAAAGGACGUGACAGGAAGAAGAGAAGGAUGAGAGACGGCUUCUCCUUCACUCGCAACGUCUCUCUUUGUUCUUUACAACAGGCGGAGGCGGGUGUAAGUAUUCCCAAAAUCACGGAACGGACAGAUUUGGGACAUCGUCUGGUCGGGCAGAAGGGGAAGCUUAAUCUGCACACCUCCGCCAUUGCAAUCAAGUUCCUUGGGAACAGGUUUCACCGACUGCAAGAAAGCAUUGUUCGCUUUUACAUGACCAAGGACUGGACAGAAAACGCAGUCAUUUAGCAGCUUAAGAACCCAGAAUAACCUGUCAUUCAAGCCGGCAAUACGUCAAACAGAUGCAAUAUAUGGAAACUGUGCUUAGCAAAAUUGUAGUUUUGAACCAUCUGCUAGUGUUGUAGUUUUAAAUUAAUAUUUUAUUUAGAUAGCAAAUAGAAUAAUGAAUGUUCUGUGACCGCAUGCUGUCUGGAGCAUGUCAAUAAUGCAGAGGAAUGCCUGGUAGAUUCUGAGACUUGCUAUAGCUACCCACUCCUGUACCUAAAGCUGUGUUUGUGCGCCACAAAAAAACUGUUUGAAAAUGAAAAGUUAGAAGCAAAAAAUGGAUGCCAAUCUUGAGACAUACGCACACAUACAGAAAAUUCUGAAAAACAAAUGUCUUUUAGUGCCAGCAUAGAAUAUGACACAACAGGGAAAUGGUCUGAAAUAGUGAUGUACUUUCCCCAUCCCUUAAGUUCCCUUUGGCUGAACACACACAGCUCUCCUGUUUUUACACGCACUCGUACACUUUCGCUCUCAGACUCAGACACACACACACGCCCACACUGAGGAAUGUGCUUUCCCUUUACACUCUUGCCAUCCUCAGCGCCAUGGUAACGGAAUCCCGAAACCAAACAUCUUUUCUUUUUUUUUCUCCGAGCCCAUCUGUGCAAUGUGUCAGUACGGUGGGGGGACUGCCAUCCAGACCAAUUCUGUGAGCCAGUUAACUGCAGCAAUCUGCUUUGCCCAAAUAAGGGAACCUGUGUUUGGCCACACAGGCCCCUCACUGGCUUCACAUGUGCAGAGCUGAGUUCUCUUACCUCUCUCACUCAUUCUGUGGCUUUCCACCAAAACCCCAUCCAUACCUGUGAACCAGUGUGAACCUCACCACAGAAAACCUAUCCUUACCACUCCAUUUCCAAACCUACCAUUGCCAUAUUAACUAUCAACCUGUUCUAAAAAGCCACAGAGGGUUUUUAAAUACAAGGUGAAUAUUUUAUUUUUGGAUGACGGUCAUACAUGGGUUGGACCUGGCUGUAGCAUUGCACUCAUUUCAAUAAUAAUAGUUGCCAAAGAUUCAUAUGCUGUUACGUGACGUGUUCAUAUGUCGCAGAUAAUUUGGUCUCUGAAAAUAAUUUAGCCGAGGGGAAGCUCUGGUUGUACAUCUACUUAGAGCCAUUUAAUGUCCAUUUAAUGUUCAAAACAUACUCAGUGUCCAUUUCAUGUACAAAACAAAUGCCUUCAUAUCAGUUUCACUCUCCAGUUUCAUGUCUGUGAUGAAUCAUAAUAGUAUGUUGAAAAUAAUAAUGCAUAAGAAAAUGUGAAA